CCUCGCGCUCUCUUUUCCCGGCGUGCCCCGCGCCCGCGCUGGCUGUCUCUGGCCACGUCUCCGGGCCACGUCGCUCGGUGCCCGCUGAGCUCUCGCCAUCUUCGGUUGGCUCCCCGGCGCUGCCUCCCCCCCGUCCUUCGCCGUCGCCGCCAUGAACAUCUUCCGCCUCACCGGGGACCUCUCCCACUUGGCGGCCAUCAUCAUCCUGCUGCUCAAGAUCUGGAAGACCCGCUCGUGCGCCGGUAUAUCUGGGAAAAGCCAGCUUCUCUUUGCACUGGUCUUCACUACUCGUUACCUGGAUCUCUUCACUGCGUUCAUUUCAUUCUAUAACACUUCUAUGAAGCUUAUCUACAUUGCUUGCUCGUAUGCCACAGUCUACCUGAUUUACAUGAAAUUUAAGGCUACCUAUGAUGGGAACCAUGAUACAUUCAGAGUGGAGUUCCUCGUGGUUCCAGUUGGUGGGCUGUCGUUCCUCGUCAAUCAUGACUUCUCUCCUCUAGAGAUCUUGUGGACCUUCUCCAUCUACUUGGAGUCAGUUGCUAUCCUGCCUCAGCUUUUUAUGAUCAGUAAAACUGGGGAAGCGGAGACCAUCACUACCCACUACCUUUUCUUCUUGGGCCUGUACCGUGCCUUGUACCUUAUCAACUGGAUUUGGCGCUUCUACUUUGAGGGAUUCUUUGAUCUCAUAGCUGUUGUGGCAGGCGUGGUUCAGACCAUUCUGUAUUGUGACUUCUUCUAUUUGUAUGUUACAAAAGUACUCAAAGGAAAGAAGCUGAGUUUGCCAGCAUAAGUGCCAAAAUCCACAUCAUCAGCAUCUGUCAUCCUGGAUGCUUAGAACAAUCCUGACCACAUGCAAAUGGUGAAGAUGCUUGAGACAGAAAGUCUCCCAACUCUUUCUCGUAGAGGGUCAUCGGCGGGCUCUGUAGGACCAGAGAACAACCAGCUGACUUCUGUUUGAUGCAUCUUUGCCCUCUAUCUUUUUUUAUUACUAUGUAUAAAGAUUUUUUACAUAAAGAAACUUAAUACUGUGUGAAUUAAUUCAGUGUGUAGGUUCAAUUGGAAUAGUUCCAAAAGUGAGAUUUUUUUGUGUGUGGGAUUGUAUAUGACCAGACAUUAAGUGCAAACACUUUUUAUUUUCCAAGAAUUCUUUUCAAAUUACUGACUUUGCUUUGGUGCACACAGAUGUGUGCUGACUGAUGGAUGGUAACAAUUUUGAUUUCGGAUUCCAUUCCACUGUAUUUAUUUUUUUCCCACAAGCUGAAUGUGUUGGGGUUGUCAACAAGUCAAAACCAGAAAUGGGACAGAGUUCUCAUGCCUGGGAUGUUGCCAUUUCAUAAAUUUUCUUAACAUCAAAAAGGAUUUCCCCUCCCCUACUGUUUAUUCCCCAUAGGGACCUAUAGUGUCUGCCAGCACAUGCCACCCUCUACCUCCGUUACCUUUUGAAGACAUUAGCUUGGGAGUAUUUGGUGCCAAUGCGGGAUUUUUGAAUAUGGAGGUUUUGCAUUUGCGAUGUUAGCAGCAGACCCUUCUGGGUUUUUUUAUUCAAGAUUAAAUGGUUCCACAUUUUGUGGGUGCUCGAAGCCUCUACUUUUUCUUAAUGAUACCCUUAUUGCUAACAGCUUUUAAGGAUGAACCUUGUGACAGUUGUCCAACUUGAAGUCCUCUGUAGAUGGCAGUUUUUUAAAACAUUGUCUACAUACUUUUUUAAAAUGAGUAACUUUACAAGCAAUGUCUGUGUUUAGCUUCAAGUUUUAGAAUGUGCCCGUUUUGAACAAUUUAGUAUAAUUUUUUUAUAAACCUUAUUCUUGAAUUAGCAGCACCAAGUACUAUUCUUUCUCAUCUUUGCAUUGAUACCCUUUUUUACUGAGCUGAUGCAUGACAACGUCUCAUGUGUUACCAUCCUAAAUAAACAUUUUAUGAAGUGGUA